AUGUUGGGCAUGAUCAAGAACUCACUGUUGGGGAGCUCAGAGACGUGGCCUUGGCAGGUUCUGAGCACAGGGGGCAAGAAAGAAGUCUCCUAUGAAGAAAGAGCCUGUGGAGGCAGGAAGUUUGCCACAUUAGAAGUGACAGACAAGCCUGUGGACGAGGCCCUGCAGGAAGCAGUGCCCAAAGUUAAGAAUUACAUGGGAGGUACCAAUAACAAGGGAAUUGGAAUGGAGAUGACAGUCCCUAUUUCCUUUGCCAUGUUUCCUGGUGAAGAUGGUUCCCUACAGAAGAAAUUAAAGGUCUGGUUUCGGAUUCCAAAUGAGUUUAAGAGCAACCCUCUGGUUCCCAGUGAUGAAAGCAUUAAGAUCAAGGAGAGGGAAGGCAUCUCUGUCUAUUGCAUGCACUUUGGUGAUUAUGCAAAGGAAGCCAGUUACACGGCUCAAGCCGCCCAGUUGCACACGGCCCUGGAGGGCACGGCCACCUGUCAGAGUGACCUGUACUUCUGCACCGGCUACUAUCCUCCUGUGAAGCCCUUUGGGCGUUGCAACAAGAUCUGGCUGGUGAAGCUGUGA